AUGCCUGAAGAAAACUGCACCGCACUGACCGAGUUCAUUCUCUUGGGUUUCACUGACCGUCUGGAGGUGGAGAUACCUUUGUUUGGGCUCUUUCUGCUCAUCUACGCCACCACUUUGGUGGGGAACGCUGGCCUCAUCGUGCUCGUCCAGCUCAAUGCUUGCCUUCAUACCCCCAUGUACUACUUCCUAAAAAAUUUGUCUUUCUUAGACCUUAGCUGUUCAUCUGCCAUUGCUCCCAAGAUGCUGGUGAGUCUGUUAGCGCAGCAGAAGACCAUUUCUUUAGUCGGUUGUGCAACGCAGAUGUUUCUCUUUGCUGCCUUCGCUGAUGCUGAGUGCUUCAUUUUGGCUGCGAUGGCCUAUGACCGCUACGUGGCCGUAUGUCAUCCUCUUCUCUACACCGUGGCCAUGUCCCGCAGGGUCUGCACCUCCAUGGUAGCUGGGGCUUAUCUCAGCGGGGGUCUGACUUCGCUGGUGCACACGUCUUUCACAUUCACGUUGUCGUUCUGUGGCUCUAACGUGAUCAACCACUUCUUCUGUGACAUUCCACCGCUGCUGGAGCUCUCCCGCUCCGAUACGCACAUCAACGAGGUCCUCCUCUUCACCCUCUGUGGCUUUAUACAAACCAGCACCUUCCUGACCAUCGUUGUCUCCUACAGCUGCAUCCUCCGCACCAUCCUCCGGAUCCACGUGGCAGAUAGGAGGCACAAAGCCUUCUACACCUGCACGUCCCAUCUGACGGCCGUCGGGUUAUUCUAUGGCUCCCUCCUCUUCACGUAUUUACGGCCCAGCUCCAGCUACUCGCUGGACACGGACAAAGUGAUCUCUGCAUUUUAUACCAUCGUCCUUCCCAUGCUGAACCCCCUGAUUUACAGCUUGAGGAACAAAGAGGUGAAGGAUGCCCUAAGGAGAACAGUAGAGAGAAGAGUGUUUUCUCAGUGA